AUGCGCACCCUCACGCUUCUAGCUAUCCCUUUCCUCACAACUGCCAUUCCGCUCCACCAGCCUAAAACCACUGAAUCCGCACCCCUUCCACUGGUUAUCUGGCAUGGCCUAGGCGACGACUUCCAACGCGAGGGCCUCCUCUCCGUCGCCUCCCUCGCCGAACAAACCAACCCAGGAACCUAUAUCCACAUCAUUCAUCUCUCAGACACCGCCUCCGGCGAUCGCCAAGCCACCUUCCUCGGCAACGUCAGUGAGCAAAUCGACACCGUCUGCGCCCAGCUCGCCUCCGACCGCAUCCUCAGCACGGCCCCGGCAAUCAACGCCCUCGGAUUCUCUCAAGGCGGCCAGUUCCUCCGUGGCUACAUUGAACGCUGCAAUGCGCCGCCAGUCCACAACCUCGUUACUUUCGGCAGCCAGCAUAACGGCAUUGCCGAAUUCCAAGAAUGCGGCUGGGGCGACUGGAUCUGCCGUGGCGCGGAGGCUCUCCUCCGGGCAGGACGUUGGUCGUCCUUCGUGCAGGGUCGGUUCGUCCCCGCACAGUAUUUCCGCGAUCCGACAGAGCUGGACGAGUACCUAGCCAAUAGCAAUUUUCUCGCCGAUGUGAAUAACGAACGCGAGGAGAAGAAUGAGACGUAUCGGGAGAAUUUAGAGCGGUUGAAUACAUUUGCGAUGUAUAUGUUUGAGGAGGAUCAGAUGGUGCACCCGAAGGAGAGUGCGUGGUUUGGGGAGCUGGAUGAGGAGACAGGGGAUGUUGUCGGCGUGAGGGAAAGGGAUAUUUAUAGAGAGGAUUGGAUUGGGUUAAAGAAGCUGGAUGAAGAGGGGAGAUUGGUUUUCAGGUCUGUUCCUGGGAAGCAUAUGCAGUUGAGUGAAGAGAUUUUGGUCAACACCUUUGAGGAGUUUUUUGGGCCGGUGGAGGUUGAUGUUGAUGUUGAUAUUGAGGGUGAGGUGCGGGGGGAAGCUUUGGUUAAGCAAAUCGGGUAUUAA